AUGGGUCAAAGUAGCACUAAACUUUCAAAAGAUGAAAUGUCAAAAUUAAUGACUAAAACUAAAUAUUCAAAGGAAGAUGUAGAUAGAUUAGCAAAAGAUUUCAUUAAAUAUAGUGGCGCUGAUAAAAAAGAAGGAUUUUCUGAAACAGAGUUUAUUGAUUUCUUUGGUAUUCGUUUCAAAGAUUGGGAUAAAGACUCAAUGAAAUUAAUGUUCAAAGCUUUUGAUUCCGAUGGUAAUGGUAAUUUAGAUUUUAAAGAAUUUACAACUGCAUUAUACUUAAUGACCAAGGCCCCUGUCGAAGAAAAAUUAGGUGCUUUAUUUGAUAUCUUUGAUGAAGAUAGAAGUGGAACUUUAAGUCAAAAAGAAGUUGAAAAAAUGGUUACUGUUGCCUGCCAUAGUGCCGCUGCAAUUUGCUUAGCCACAUCUGAAAACAUUGAUUAUGCAUUCUCUCUUUUCAGAGAUGUAUACAUACAACCAAAUGGUUUAAGUAAAGACCAAUUUAUCAAAGUUGGAAAAGCUUCAGAUAAAUUCAUCAAAAUGAUUUGUUUCUAUGAUACUGUUGGAAAUCUUUUAUAUUAA